AUGGAGUCAUCUUUCCCAUUUGGAGUGAUUCUUGCUGUCCUGGCCUCCCUCAUUGUUGCUGCUAAUGCACUAGUGGCCGUGGCUGUGCUGUUGUCGAUCCACAAGAAUGUUGGUGUCAAUCUCUGCUUCACCUUGAAUCUGGCUGUGGCUGACACCUUGCUUGGUGUGGCCAUUUCUGGCAUAGUCACAGACCAGCUCUCCAGACCAGCUCAUCCCACACAGAAGACCCUGUGCAGCCUUCGGAUGGCAUUUGUCACUUCUUCUGCAGCUGCCUCUGUCCUCACAGUCAUGCUGAUUGCCUUUGACAGGUACCUUGCCAUCAAGCAGCCCCUCCGCUACUUCCAGAUCAUGAAUGGGCUCGUGGCUGGAGCCUGCCUUGCUGGGCUGUGGUUGGUGUCUUACCUCAUUGGCUUCCUCCCACUUGGAAUCCCUAUGUUCCAGCAGACCAGCUACCAGGGCCCCUGCAGCUUCUUUGCUGUGUUUCACCCACGCUUUGUGCUCACACUCUCCUGCAUUGGCUUCUUCCCAGCCCUCCUCCUCUUUGUCUUCUUCUACUGUGACAUGCUCAAGAUUGCCUCUGCGCACAGCCAGCAGAUCCGAAAGAUGGAGCAUGCAGGAGCCACCGCUGGAGCUUACCAGCCCCCACGGACUCCCAGCGACUUCAAGGCUGUCCUCACGGUAGCUGUUCUCAUCGGGAGCUUCACUCUAUCCUGGACCCCAUUUCUUAUCACUGGCAUUGUGCAAGUGGCCUGCCAGGAGUGCCACCUCUACAUAGUGCUGGAACGGUACCUGUGGCUGCUUGGUGUGUGCAAUUCCCUGCUCAACCCACUCAUCUAUGCCUAUUGGCACAAGGAGGUGCGGCAGCAGCUCUAUCAGAUGGCCCUGGGAGUGAAGAAGGGGCUUGCUUCAUUACUUCUCCUUCUCUUGGGCAGGGAUGGUGGCCCAGAGGUGUCAAGGGAAAGUUCCUGUCACGUUGCCACUAUCUCCCACCCACAGCUUGAUGGCUAA